CCUCGGCAUGCUCUCCUCCCACUCGCACUGCUCGGCGCCGUGAACACAACUUAAAGACAUGGUGUCUAGCGCGUUUUCCCCAGAAGUCCAACUAUAUUUUGUUCAUACCUAGUGAAGCUGCAUCUUUAGAAACCUUUCUUGGAGAUAUAACGUUUGAUGCGGAGCGCGUUUUUUUUGUUAAUUUACUGUUUAGUUGAACGUCGGGUAAAUGGAGUCAUCUCUUGAGUUUUCCAACUCUUUGGGCAGUCUGUCCUCCGUCUUGACUCGAUGUCGGACCUUUAAAGUGCUGGUGAUAGGAGACUCCGGGGUGGGGAAGACCUGCCUCACACACCGACUCUGCGCCGGAGAGUUCCCCCGCAGAGUGGAGGCUACCAUCGGGGUGGACUUCCGCGAUGUACAGCUGGAUAUCCAUGGAGAGAAAAUCAAGCUCCAGCUGUGGGACACAGCAGGACAGGAGCGUUUCCGUAAGUCCAUGGUGCAGCACUACUAUCGCAACGUCCACGCUGUGCUCUUCAUAUAUGACGUCACCUGCCCCGCCAGCUUCCGCAGUCUGACUGCCUGGAUAGAAGAGUGCCGGCAGAACUCCCUCGGGCAGGACAUCCCCAGGUUCCUGGUGGGUAAUAAGAGCGACCUGCGGGACCCCAGCAGGGCCGACGGCCAGGUGUGCCAGGAGCUGGCGGCCAGCUUCGCCAAAGCCCAUGGCAUGAUGUCUUUUGAGACGUCGGCCAAGAACCCGCCAAACAAAUGCGGGAACGGUCGACGGGUUGAUGCCAAGGUGUCGUAUCAGCAGGAUAAGGUGGAAGACAUCGUUGUUGCUCUUGGUGCCAAAUUAAAGAGACAGAGGAGACCUUCAGCAGCAAGCUCCCCGGCCUGCGGCUCCUUUAAAAUCCUCAACAAGAAAAGAGCCGAGAAAGAGCUGUGGACCUGCUGCUGAGAGAGAGAGAGAGAGAGAGAAGUGUUUUCUCUUUCCAGAUUGUCAUGUUUUUAGCUCUUUAUAAGUGUAUGAUUGUGUGUGUGAACAUUUUGUGCACAAGAAUCAUUUUUUGACCAAAGACAAAAAAUGCAAAAACAAACGUUACAUUUGAAAUACAGUUGCUGUUACUCGCACACCGAACCUUUAAUAUUUAUACUCUUAAAUGUGGAAAUUUUGUGUAUAUUUGUGAUGUUAUUACUGCGAAAUAAAAGACUGUGAAUGUA